CACAUUGUUUAUAGCAUUAAGUCUUCUUUCUUUUAUCAUUAUAAAGCUCCCAGUUAGCUAUUCAGUAAACGUUUUAUAAAGCGAGUCACACAGUUAACCUUAGCUACCUGUUAGCUGUCAGUCAGUGUAGUUUUGUUACUACAGCUACCCAGCAAUUUUCGUUAGCCGUGACUUAUUAUUGUAAAGGUGACUUUGACAAUUUGUAGAAGCCACACGACUCGUUAAAACUUAAAGCUAUCGAACCACCUUCGAGUGAAAAAUUAUCACAGCACUUCUGAGUUGUAGCUGAAGUUCCGUGUGUAGUUUUAUGUGCAACAGAGGUGUUCCAGAUUAACUGAAUAUUUUCAUGCCCAGCACAUUAGACACCGCCUCUGCAGCUCCUUAAAAUAAACUAUGUAUUAAAUAAGAUGUAUCUGUUGUCGGUUUACUGUAUUUAGUACGAUUUUCGUAAUUUUAUUAAUUUUGAAACUAUAUUAGUUUCCGCAACCUAACAGUAAAGUUUCUAAAAUCGUUUAAGGUGCUCUGAUUUCAUCAGUGACGGAAGUAAAAGCCUACUUUAUUGCAUGUAUUGUUAUUUGGAAAGAUCGAUAAGCUUUGUUUGUAAAGCUGUGUCAAAAGUUUAUUGCUACUGUGGAAGAUUUGCCACAGUAGCAAAUAAUUUGCUGAUAAUUCGGCAUUUAAAGCCAAAAUUUGUAGCUAAUGGCACUUUGAUUUUGCAUGUUUGCAGCUGAGUACUCCUGCUAGUCCUCCAUUCAGGGGGAAAAAAAGAGGAAAACCCCAGGUGGUGGGAGAAAAGGCAUUACCUGUUUUGCACACUUGAUCCUAGAGGAGAGGGAGGCCGUGGAGAAAGCAUGCCCACUGACCAAGAGCCCACCUUCACUGUGAAGCUACUGCAGCUGAUUCUGAUCUCCACUUAUUGGGGGAUGCAGAUUUGGGUCACGUUCGUUUCAGGUUUUGUGAUGAACAACCACCUGAACAGACACACGUACGGCUUUAUUCAGAGUCGUCUGGUCCCGUUCUAUCUCCACCUCGGUUCAGCCUGUGCUUUCUUUAACCUCACUAUCUAUGCUGUGUAUCACCCAAGUGACAUGUUGGAUGACAGAGAAGCCUUUCAGAUCUUCAUCUUCUUUGUGUCCGUGACGGUUUCGGCCGUCAAUGCUCAGUGGUUUGGCCAAAUGACAUCAGAGAUUAUGGCUGACAUGCAUCUUAUUGAGCAGGCAUGCGGACUGGGUCAGGAUAUCGGGCUGUCAUCCAACCGUGAAGCUUACGCUAAACUAUGUGAGACGGAUGUCAAAUACAGACACCUCAGCAGCCGCCUUUGGCUCUACAGACUGCUGUCCUCUCUGUGCAACCUCUGCUGCAUUGGCUGUAACUUCUACAGCCUAUGUUACAUGGCCGAGAACCUUGUUGCACUAUAAAGCUGACACAUCAGGAAUGUUGGAACCUUUAAAUCAGUCCCUUACAAAUCGACAAACACUUCAUUUUUUAAUUGAACCUAUAACUUAUAUAUUUAAUUCAUAUUGUCUUCCUCUGUAAAGUGUGCAAUGAAAUGUCAGGUAAGCCUAGUUGCCCCUCCUAGCGCCUUUGGGAGUAAUGAAAGGACACUGCCUUGUUUCUCUCAUAAGGCUUGUGGAGAGGUGAGUCAGUGAGUGCAGUGUGGAAUGCCUCAACUUUCACCUAGUUUCAGUUCACGGUGUCGGCUGCCUGGAGAUUUCCUUUCACUACAACAGUUGCCUUAAUAGUAACAUUGAGCCAGUGGAUUUUUUUAAGCUUUAUUGUAGCAAUACAGAAGAGGCCACAUCAGAAAACAACCCAAUCCACUUGAUAUUUUUAUAAGUAUGCAACAAAAGGGCCCCUUUAGUUAGGGAAACUGCUCCAAUUCUGCUCACUCCCUCUCUUUCUGGUUGGGUGGAGUUUUUAUCCCAUAUUCAGGGUAGUGUCACAGGUUUGUUUAGCUUCCCUUUCAUUGCUUUAAGAUUGUGUGGGUGUGCGUGUGUGCUUCAUGCUUCAGAGUGCAAGGUUGUACUAUCUUUAGUUCUCCUAGCUCCUGUUGAGAUGAAAAAGAACACUUUUACUGUGGUAUGCAUUCGGCGCUGCUUUUAGCUGUGCUGUGCAUUAGUUAAACUGUAAACAGCUCGUUUGUAUUUAUUGAGGCGAGGGAGGAAGACUAUUCUGCCGUACAGCAGGUCAGUCUAGUUGUGAGAGUCGUCUAACAGGUAGACCCUUGAUCUCCUGCUGAGAUAAUUGUUCUGUUGAUCAGUGGUGACAAAUGGCAUUAAAUAACUAUUUUUGUUUAACAGCUUUGAUGGUUGUAGUGAUCUGCUGUCUAGUGAUGCAUUGAUCCAGAAAAUAGUGUGGGGACAUGUUUUUUUGAUGUGGUUGAAAGUAUUGAAAUUUGCUGAGUUGAUGUGGGUCUACUUAGGCUAAAUGUCUGUAAUAGUAAUAAUAAUAGUGCCCCCAGAAUGUCACAAUGAAACUGAAAGACGUACAUUAAUACAUGUGCAGUAACGUUUCCAUUACCUCUUGAAUUUCCCUUGGCCGAUAAACAUCCUACAAGGUGUUGCAUCCUACAUUACUUGAUAUCAUGUGUUCAGUGUGAAAGGCACUGGUACUGGCACUUACCACAGGUGAUGCUGGUUGAGCAGACACUCAUUUGACCCCUUUUCUUCUAUCCGAUAUGGCAGGAGACUUGCUAGUACACACGGCACACACUACUAUGGUUCUAGUACAUCUAGACUUGUAGCUCAGGCAGGUCUGUAUUAAUUUGCCAGCAAGGGUUCUGCCUACUUGUGGUUAUAAUCAGCAGCUCUAACACUUUACAUAAUUAUUACAUCAUAAUACAUUCAGACUUUCUCUUUGGAUCAAAUGGGGAAGUGAUGCAUAGCAUCGAGCAUAAGAACACCCAUUGUGACCUUCUGGGAGCCCCGUAAGCAAAUGUCUGAAGACCUGAAUGAAUCUCUGCAUUUGAUGUUUUCACUUAAUAUCCAAGCAUGGCCUCUGUACAAAUUUGAACCUUGCAUUUUGUCUAAAAGGAGAAUAUUAUUUUGUAUAUAAUGGUGAAGAUUUAAAGUAUUGUUUGGCCUGUAUCUUGAAUUCCUUGUGCUUUAUUUUAUAAGACCUCCGUUUGUUGUACAUUAGGGUGUUUAUGCACUCUUUAUGGGGAAAAUUAUGUAGGCUUGAAGUGAAAUCAAAUUAUAUUUAAGUUGUGUUUUUCCACUACAGUUUUAUCAGGCUGUUUUAGUCAUAGUUUGAAUAUCUCUGAAGUCUUUGUUUCACACUCUGAACACUGAGGAUCUGUGCUCAUUUCUUUUAAGCUGUGUCUUUGCACAUUGAAAUGUUAAAUCCCUUCCUGCCAGUGACGGUCGCUCCUUUUUGUACCUGCCUGGUUGAAAUGCAUCAAUGUGUUUCAUCUUUCUUCUGUUUGUAGCACAUGUCUAUGUAAAACUGCCGUUAACACCAGCACUUCCAUAAUUGAGAAUUUACAGCAUAGUGUGGAUGUUAAAACUGCUGUUUUGUUCAGACUGGACUGACGAAGGUGCCUUUUUAUGUGCCCAUUUGUGGGACUUUUAAAAAAAACAAA